AUGGCUCGACUCAACCCAUCCAGUCCCACGAAGCCAGCAAAGCUCCAAGAGCGCCGAACACCUCCACGGCAGAGGACUCUCAAUCGUACAGCGACCAUCAAGCGCGAGACCAGAGACAACAAAUACCCCACGAACGGAAAAGCCAAGACAGUAGAACAAUGGGCCGCCACCGAGACAUGGACAAAGAGCCGAUACUCCGCGACAACGCCAGCGAUCGAAGAAUCGUCGCAGAGGAAGAAUAGUAACAGACGACAAAGAUCGGGAACUGUUUCCAGUGGGGUAUUCGAUAUCUUCUCGGACAAUGGGGACGAGCAGAGUGAAACGGAGGAGAGCAGUUUGUCGUCUACUCGGUCUUUGAUGUCGAAUGAGGGACGCACUGCGGAUCCUUUGAAGCUCUCGCAAGUCAAUUCUUUGUUGCUUCCAUUGUCGCAGCAGUCACGGAAUAAUAGACCGCCGCGCAAAUCGGUCGGCUAUAACUAUGACAAGGAAAAUGAUCCGAUUGAUGAUGAGGCAGAAGAGGCUGAUGAAAGUUCCGGGCUCUCGAGGAACUCGUCUACUGCUUCUAACCGGGCGCCUACGCGUAUUACGAACAGAGAGGUACAGCCACGAGGCAGGUCCAGGACGAGGUAUAUGGGCUAUCGUCGAGAGGAGACGGAGUCGGAAGGUGAAGAAAGCGAAGAUGAUAAUGGCUUUGACUCCCUGGAUGAUUUCAUUGUCAGCGACAAUGAAGACAUCAGCUAUCAUGAGGCGUCCGACGAUGAAAGCCUCGAAGAAGAACCAGAAGAGAAACAGCCAACCCCUUCGCCGCCUAGGACUAGAAAGAGACUGCUUAGGGGCAGACGACCCCGUCCAGAAAUAGAGCCAGAGACAACACCUCAGGAUUCUCCGCGUGAAAGCCUUCACUUGGAACCUUCAGUGCCUGCUACAAUAACAAUGGAGGUCCCCAAGCUCGAGGCAAAGCCUAAGAGGUUGUUUCAAAGCGAGCUCGAAAUAUCCGAAAAGUUGAACAAGCUGAUGCUGGACAACAAAGACAUAGAGCCUAAGCAGGAAGAGGAAAACACUUAUGACAGCAUCGAAGAAAUAGACGCCCCCACCAAGAAGCUCCCAUCAAGGAGCAGUGUUAAACUAGAGACGCCCCCAUCUAGUCCAACAAAGGGACGCAGUCUACGAUCUCCAACCAAGCUGAAGGCCCACAUCCCACCAACACCACACCGAGAGAGCGUCGACGCAUUCUGGAGCCAGGAAAACACCAACAACUGGAUCGACCAGCACUCUCCGUGCAAGAUCGACGAUCUACUGCGCGAAUUCGACGACUCGGACUCGGAUGAUGAAUUCAGUGACAGGGAUAUUGUGCCCAAGACCGUAACACCAAAGACCACAACCAAGUCCUCAGCAAAAACACCCAGCAAGACAGCUAUGAAGAAGGCCGAAGCGGAGCAGAGAAAGCUCGAGCGGGAGCGCGCAAAGGCAUUUAUAGAGAACAGACAAGCCAUGGCCGAGAAAUUCUUCAAAGUCCUCGACGACACCGUGACUGACGGCCGACUCUCAAGAAUGACCGCGUCGACAGGAGGCGUGAUCAUCGAAUGGAAAAAGCGACUCCAAACGACCGCCGGUCGAGCAUCCUGGAAAUGUGUUACCCCGUCACCAAAGAAGGGAGGAGACCCGGCCAUGCCACCUCAGCAUUAUGCCACCAUCGAACUGGCAGCGAAAGUCGUUGACUGCGAAGAGCGGAUUAUCAAGACGGUCGCACACGAGUUCUGUCAUUUGGCGAACUACAUGAUCUCAGGCGUGCAUGACAACCCGCACGGCACUAGUUUCAAGGCAUGGGCCAGCAAGUGCAAGGAAGCUAUGAAGAACCAUCCUGUCUACGGUGGGAAAGUCGAGAUAUCGAUCAAGCAUGACUACGCCAUCGACUAUAAGUACGUCUGGCGCUGCGUGCACUGCAACUUGGACUACGGACGUCACUCGAAGAGCAUUGACCCCAAGAGACAUCGGUGCCGGUGCCAGGGCAUCUUGCAACAGAUUCAACCCAAGGUGAGGAAUGUGUCGCCAUUGAAGAAGUCGGUGAACGCGCCAGCUCCAAGCGUCAGGGGAUUGUUGAAUGAGGUGGGCCGCGUGUUGAAUGAGACGCAGAGGCAGACGUGA